AUGGCGAAAGCCACGAUGAACAAAUGCCUCGGGACGACCAAGCAGCACAAGCAGUGCCAGAACCCAGCACGCCACCCUACGGUCAACGGCAAUCCUGCCCACAUGAACCGCUGCGCCCUCCACAGGGACCAAGAAGUCGACUUCGCCGAGCCAGGCGAGAAGAUGGCAGGCACCGGCGAGCGCUACUCUCCCGCCCGCUCCCGCUCGCCUAGCCGACGUGUUUCCUUUGCCGACGAAGUCUAUGGCGGUGACACCUCUUCUUCGGACUCUGACGCGGAUUCCGGCGUCUUCAUCGAGCACCCACGUAGCCCCCGCUCCACCGGCGUUUCACGCUCUCCAAGCCCAUCACUGAAACCCCCCUCCGGUGACCUCUGGGGGGCGUCUGCCGCCCACCUCACGCGCCGCCGCCUGGCCCGUAACAUUAUCCUAGGCGAAGAAAUCACCGCGUCACAGUGCGACAAGAUUGCCGAUAUGGAGCGCGUUCAGAAGAAGAUUCGCAAAGGCACCAAGCUCGACCUACCAGCCAUCAUCUCGCAGCUCAUCAGUCGCCAAUCCGUCGCUGACGCCAUGGGCGCGCGCUUCGCCUACCAACACUGCGUCGCGCUCGCUCGCAUCGAGGAGCUCGAGCGCGAGAACCAUGUGCAGCGCCAGCAAAUUGCGUUUCUGGCGAAGCAGGUGGAGAAGCUGCUUGGGCCUAAGCAUGGGAUGAGGUUUCAAGGAGAAGAUAGCGGGCAUCACGGUCCAUGA